UACCCGGAAAUGAGAGCCUGCUCCGAAAAGCUGCUGUCAAAAUCCCUAAUUUACCCAUUUCUGGCCGUUUAUAGUCCAGCCAAAUGAUACAUUAACGUCUAAUCCGAUUGUAAUCUUCUGACUCGGAAUGUACAGCGGACUCUUGCCCAAAGGUUUCACCGAAGACGACCUCAGUCCGGAUGAAGAGAAGGGUGGCGUGGAGGAGAAGAAGGAGGGAGAGAAGUGUGAGGGCUCUGCUGGGGGAAACGCAUCGGUACCGGUGGCGGAGGCACAGUCGACUCACACUGCGGAUGAUGCAGACAGUGAUGCGGCGACAAGCAGUGUGCCCGGUGUAUCCCAGGAAAUGUGGCAAUUUAAGAAAUUCCAGGAUCUACGUAAGAAGAAUGACGAGAUGAAGACAAUGAAGGGCCCCGGACGGAGAAAAAAAAGAAGACCACAUAAGAAAGGAACAGGGAGUGAGGAACCCACAGAAACCAGCAGAGAGCGGAAGGAGGAGCGGGAGAAGCACUGGGACGAUCUGAAGCAGCACUUUGGUGCCAACGAUCGAUUUCACCCCCCCGCAUGCUCCAAACCCCCUCCGAAGUCCGGCCUAGAAAAGAGCAUGGAGACGGCCGUAGCUGAAGGGGACAUUGCAAAGGCGGAGGAGAUGAGCGACAGACUCGCCACUCGAGAGCUGGCCGUGAAAAUCGCUCAAGCCGCCGAUUGCCGUGACUUUGUGCGACGCAAACAGGAAGAGGAAGCUUUGAGGGCAGCGCAGAAAAGGAAGAACCAAAUACCCUGGGGGUUUGAGGCUAAGAGACGAUGGGAAACCAAAAGCAACAUGGGCUUCAUGUGACCAACACGGAGGAGAACCACUGGUUGUUUUUAGUUUGAGUUUUUUUUAAACUUCAUUUGAUAAUGUUUUUCUUUUCUUUUCUUUUUUUAAAUUUUUUUUUAUGGCAAACUGAUCCUGUUUCUUUUUUAUUCUCUUUGUAUAUUUUGAAGACUUGAGUGUUGAUAUUGGGGGGAGGGGGGGGGGGGGGGGCAGCCAGCCACACAGUUGGCUGAGGGAAAAACCAAUCCAGAGGGUACAAGAAAGAGAGAGAAAAUUAUGGAGCAUUCAAAUUAAUUCCUAAGGCGCCCAUUGGUGUCUGCAUUGUGUUAUUUUUCAUUACAUUUCAGUGAUUUGAGUGUUCUGGCCGCCCCCCCCCCCCCCACCACCCUCUCAAAUUAAAUCUGGUGUACAUUA